AUGGACAAGCACGCACAGUCAGCAAGUCUCUCAAAGGUGCGAUUGCACGAUACAGGCCCGUCUCGAGCAUCUGAGCAUCACGUUGGCUUGGUUGCUACCAACUGCUUCAUCACAUGCCUCAGCACUCGUUCUUGUUUCGAUAGCCCUUGGCUCCAUGUCACGAUCGAGUCAGUCCCGACCCUUCCCCGGUUUUGCUGCAACUCUUCCCGGGUUUCUGUAUUGAAUUGUAUCAGGUUACUACUGGUGCAGCACCGGAACGCUGACUCGGCCUUGUUUGCUUGUCCAGAUCCACAUGCACACCCGCUUUCAUUCGUACGCACUCUCUGGAACAAUCGAUGGUACUGCUGA